UUUCCUUCUUGCGUGCGGUACGACUACAGACGAGGGCCAUACCAAGACCAUCCCUCAUCCCCCAUCACUCUUUUAAACACCCGCACGCAAUGGCGAGCUCAGAUCCCUCGUCCAGCAGAGCUCCCGCAGCAAACGGAGGGGGAAAGAAGAAGACCUCUCGCAAGUCCAAAGACGCGGAAGCAGGUCCCUCGGAUCAAUUGAACAGCAUCCGCUCCCACACCCGCCUCCCCACUUCCCUCCAACAAUCGGCUCCCCUCGCCGGCGCACGACCUCCCAAAUCCCUCUCACAAAUACCAGACAAGAAGCUCCGCGCUAACCUCUCCAGUCAAGUACUAUCGCAACGUAGAGCAAAGGAGCAUGCUUUACAGGCGGAUAGACUGCUCCAUCAGGGUGCGGUGGGAGAAGAGGCGGGGAUGAUUGAAACGGAGGGAGUCAUGGAGCGGACGGCCAGGUUGACACAGAGGGAGAUCAAAGAGGCAGUUGGCAUCGAGAGUGCGACAAAGUCAUUCUCCCUCGAUCUCUCUGGCGGCAGAGGUGGAGUGGGCCUAGGACCUUACCGAUGCCACUAUACGCCAAAUGGCAGGCAACUACUCCUCGCUGGGCGCAGUGGACAUUUGGCUUCCUUCGAUUGGCAAACAGGCAAGCUAGGCUGUGAGAUACAAGUGAGAGAGACGGUCAGAGAUGCUACCUGGCUGCACAAUUCCAGCUUCUUCGCCACUGCGCAGAAGAAGCACGUCUUCAUAUACGACUCUUCAGGUGUAGAGGUUCACAGACUGAAGGAUCACAUCGACGUGAACCGCCUCGAAUUCUUGCGGUAUCACUUCUUGCUCGCUACAGUGGGCUCGGCGGGUUGGUUGAAGUAUCAGGAUACCUCGACGGGUCAGCUCGUGACGCAACAUCGAACGAAGCUUGGAGCCUGCUCUACCAUGGCGCAGAAUCCUCUCACGGCAGUGAUCCAUCUAGGUCAUUCGAAUGGCACAGUGACCCUCUGGACACCCAACAUGUCCACACCCGCACUCACUCUCCUCGCUCACCACUCGCCGCUCCAGUCCAUUGCCAUUUCCUCCCGCGAAGGAGGCAAAGAGAUGUGCACCGCUGGUCUCGACGGAGGGAUCAAGGUUUGGGACUGUCGUAUGUUGGGCAAAGGUCCAGUGCGAGAGUGGGUCUCGCGCCGGCCAGCAAACGAAGUCAAGUACUCGCAACGUGGUCUCCUCGCCGCCUCCUGGUCCACUCACGUCUCACUGUACAAUACAGCUGCGCCUCUAUCGGCUAGCACACGUGCCCCACCAGGCCCUUACCUCUCGCACAAUUUCCCACAAUCAGCUCCCCUGUCCCUCGCCUUUUGCCCAUUCGAGGACGUGCUCGGUGUAGGCCACUCCAAGGGCUUCGACUCGUUGCUGAUUCCCGGAGCAGGAGAGGCGCGGUACGAUAGUAUGGAGCUGGAUCCCUUCGAAGGCAAGACGGCACGCAGGGAGCGCGAGGUGCGAGGUCUUUUGGACAAGAUUCAGCCGGAUAUGAUCAGCGUGGACCCUUCUUUCCUUGGAAAAGUAAACGAAAACGGAACCAAGGGAAGGGUGGAGCCACGCGAUGAGGGAGCAGGAGAUUUGAAGAAGGCUGGAAUUCUGAAAGCGGCAGAUGGGACUCCUUUCGCCCGCUUGAGCAGGAUGGAGCGAUUGCGUCUCGAGGGUAAAGCCGACGAAGGCUCCGACCGUGCAUUCAAGAUGAGCCACCUCACUUCAGCUUCAGCGGCAGGAGACGGUGCUGGACAAGAGAGCGAUGAUGAUGACGACGACAGCUCUACGGAUGGGGAGGGGGUCACGUCGAGUACUGCCCCUGAUGGGACGGUUCGGGUUGGUGCGGGAGAGAAGAAGGAGAAGAAGAAGGCGAGGGGAAGAAAUAGCACUAUGAAGCGGUACCUUCGUAAGAAGAGGGCCAACGUUAUUGAUCAGAAUUCGAUGCAAGCUCAAGCCAAGCUGGCCAAAGCCCGUGCGGAGCACGAGGCGAAUCGAGAAAAGGCUCAGCGUCGCAAGCGUGGCGAGGUCGAGGAGGCCGAGAGGGAAGAGAGUGCACUGGACGUCUUUGGUGCUGGUGCUGGGUCGAAGAAGGGUAGGAGAAGAUAGAUGGGGGGCGAGAUCAUGUAGAUGCAGAUGUAUUGCGAAGGCUAGGGCAAUCGAUUUCUACGUUGCUCGCCUUUCUGAUGGGACUGAGUAUCGUCUUGUCUACAAGCCCUCAUCCCACACACUCCUUGGCAAAGGCCCCUCCUUCUCCCCUACCCUCCCACUCACACUUCCACUCCCACUUCCCACACUCCCACCAUACCUCUUUUUCAAGACCUCCAAUCGACUUCUAUAAUCAUCUCCACUAACAUAUCCACCACAAAGUCUCCUCUGUCCAACAAAUGCACUUCGUCCAUGUAAUACUCUAUGAUUAUCAAAAAUCAAACAUCUUCCAGGUGUAAGUUGUUGCCAGUAUUCCCCCUCGGAGGAAGUU